GGUGGGAAGCUUUAAAUGACUUUAAUGUUUUUCGAAGUAUUCUCCACGAAGACUACUACACAUCUGCAUGCGCUCGAACCAAUUUUCGAAGCACUUAUUCCACUCGUUUGCUGGCAGAUCCAAAACGGCAUUUUUGAAUGCGUCAACUGCUCCUUCUGGUGACUGGAACCUUUGACCACGCAGUCUGUUUUUAAUUUUCGGGAAAGUAAAGAAAUCCUUAAGACUUAGAUCGGGACUAUAUGGAGGAUGGUCCAAUAAUUCCGUUCUCUGCUCACUAAGAGGAAUUGUUGCAAUAUGUCCCGCUUUUGACACAAAUGUCGCGACC